UCAUCUUCUACGGACAGCUUCUUUCUCUUUCCUCUCUGAUUUUUUUUUUUUCUUCUCUUACUUUUAUUUUUUUUUAACCUUUUUUCUUUUCUUUUUUAGUUUUUUUUUUCUUUCCCUUUUCUCGUUUUCCUUUCUUCACCUCGUGACCGAUAGUACCUGAACCUGAACCCUAGCAGAGGAGAAAAAAAUCAAAAAAAUUCUGUGGGAAAAAAUCAGAUAUCUUUCUUUUCUGCAGUGGAAAGAAGAAAAAAAAUGCAGAAUCCGAGGUUGAAGCAACAGCAACACCAACAGCAAGCUCUGAUGCAGCAGCAAGCUCUGAUGCAGCAACACUCUCUUUACCAUCCUGGUGUCUUGGCCCCGCCUCAGUUAGAGCCUGUUCCAAGUGGAAACCUUCCUCCUGGUUUUGAUCCCAGUACUUGCCGUAGCGUGUAUGUUGGAAACAUCCAUAUACAGGUCACAGAGCCUCUUCUUCAAGAGAUUUUUACAAGCACUGGCCCUGUUGAGAGCAGUAAACUCAUCAGAAAGGAUAAGUCAUCGUAUGGAUUUGUUCACUACUUUGACCGAAGAUCCGCUGCUCUGGCUAUACUGUCUCUGAAUGGAAGACACCUGUUUGGACAGCCUAUCAAAGUCAAUUGGGCUUAUGCCACUGGUCAGAGGGAAGAUACAUCAAGUCAUUUCAACAUUUUUGUUGGAGAUCUCAGUCCAGAGGUUACUGACGCGGCAUUAUAUCAAAGCUUUUCUGUUUUCUCCACUUGUUCGGAUGCAAGAGUUAUGUGGGACCAAAAAACUGGGCGCUCAAGAGGUUUUGGGUUUGUUUCCUUCCGCAAUCAACAGGAUGCUCAAACUGCCAUAAAUGAGAUGAAUGGUAAGUGGUUAAGUAGCAGACAGAUCAGGUGCAACUGGGCCACAAAAGGCGCUACUUCUGGUGAGGACAAACACAGCUCUGAUGGAAAAAGUGUCGUGGAACUAACAACGGGCUCUUCAGAGGAUGGUAAAGAGACCUUGAAUGAGGAUGCUCCUGAGAACAACUCUCAGUUUACCACUGUCUAUGUGGGAAACCUCGCCCCAGAGGUAACUCAGCUUGAUCUACACCGCUACUUCCAUGCUCUUGGUGCUGGAGUUAUUGAAGAAGUCCGUGUCCAACGAGACAAAGGCUUUGGUUUUGUGAGAUAUAACACUCAUCCCGAGGCUGCUCUUGCUAUUCAGAUGGGCAACUCUCAGCCUUACCUCUUUAACAGACAGAUUAAGUGCUCAUGGGGCAACAAGCCAACUCCACCAGGAACAGCCUCAAACCCACUUCCUCCACCUGCCCCAGCACCAGUGCCUGGUCUGUCUGCAGCUGAUCUCUUAGCCUAUGAGAGACAAUUGGCUCUAAGCAAGAUGGCAUUAAUGCACCCUCAGGGUCAACAUCCUCUAAGGCAGGCAGCUCAUGGAAUCAAUGCAGCUGGAGCCACUGCAGCCAUGUAUGACGGUGGCUUUCAGAAUGUAGCCGCAGCGCAGCAGCUCAUGUACUACCAGUAAUAAACCUCAGAUCGUGGCGCCAUAUCACAUAUCUUAAGUUUCAAUUUCUUUGCUUUUUUUUUGGCCUAGAACUUGUUUGUGUGUGUGUCUGUCUGUCUUCUCUCACUUAAGUUAUCUAUAUAAAGUUUUUAUCUUCAGUUGUAUGCUUAGCUAUGUAUCCCUAUGGAUUGUAAGACAAGCAAAUUACAUUCAAUAAAAGGGAUUUGGAGAUCCUUUUAUGUGA